UAACUUUGGGCCUUCCUCCAGCCCUGUUUGUCACUUUUGCAGGUGUGGAUAUUUUUAUUGGAUCCAUUUCCUGAUCUUUAAAGGUCCACAGAAUAUGCACGGUGGAGCAGUUGUGGUUCGGUCCUGGGUUAAAAUCCCAGCCUGGGGUCUUUCUGCAUGGAGUUUCCCUGCACAUGUGUGGGUUUUCUUCAGGUUUCUUCCAACAGCUAGGUUAAUUAGUCUAAAUUGCUUCAGAUCUGGUUGUGUUUCCCUUUGGUGCCCCACUACCAUUGAUAUAUCAUGAGCUGUAACUUAGUCAUCUUAUAAUAAAGAUAGGAAAGCUGUGAUGAAAGUGUUUCCUCUCCUUUUUUCUGUCAUUUUCCCAUUCUCCACUCUCCUAAUUGGGUGGUUCUUUAAUUCCGGCCCAGCCCACCAGGGGGGUGGUCUUGUGACGUAUCCGGCCUUGGAUCGCUGUCUCCCGGACCGCCUCCCAGCUGAUCCUCGCCGUGUUCCUCCUUCCUCUCCCCCGCCGCGCCGUUACUUCCAGCCGGGCCGCUGACGCUCUCCCUCCCCGGGUCAGGAAUCAUGGAGCUCCAGACGAUCCUCCCGGCUCUGCUCUGCCUCGCUGCCGCCGGGCUGCAGUCGGUGACCGGCGCAUUUUCGCGGCGAGGACCGAGGGUCACCGAGAAGGUGUUUUUUGACAUCACAGUAGGAGGUCACGAGGUGGGCCGGAUCGUCAUUGGUCUGUUUGGAGAGGUCGUCCCUCUAACUGUUAACAACUUUGUCGCUUUGGCAACAGGAGAGAAAGGUUACGGCUACAAGGGGACAAAGUUUCACAGAGUCAUUAAGGAUUUUAUGAUCCAGGGAGGAGACUUCACAGCUGGAGACGGAACCGGAGGUCACAGCAUCUAUGGGACGACAUUUGCAGAUGAAAACUUUAAACUGAAGCACCUAGGAGCCAGCUGGGUGAGCAUGGCCAACGCUGGUCCGGACACCAACGGCUCACAGUUCUUCAUCCUGUCCACCAAGGCGCCGUGGCUGGACGGGAAGCACGUGGUUUUUGGCAAAGUUCUGGAUGGGAUGGCCGUCGUUCACACCAUUGAGCUUCAGGACACCAACGACAGAAACCUGCCGUAUACUGAGUGUGUCAUCGUCAACAGCGGCAGGAUCCCGGUCAAAGAGCCGUUUGUAGUGGAGGUGGAUGGCUGGUAGACGCCUUCUGCUGGAGACCAAUUACUGAGUUCAUGAACACUGAUUCUCAAUGUGAAGCCCCAUUUUAAUCAGUGCCAAAUUAAUAUUUUCAAAUCAUUUGCAUAAUUUACCGUACUAAUGGUAACACACUGGAUAGGAUAUUUUUGGGGAUUUUCUUAGAGCCCAUAAAGUUUCACUUCUUGAGCUGAGCUCCUAAAUAAAUAGCUUUUUAAGUAAAAUUAUUCCAAAGGUGGACUCAAUGCAAGCACGCUAGUUUGAAAUGCUAGCUUAAAGCUAGCUGAUGUUAGCAUGUUUCCAUGAUCCCAGGGCAUGCUCACAUGCUAGCUCUGGGCUAACUGCCAGAUGCUAACAGAUAAAAAGCAGCCAGCUAGCUAACUUAGAACCAGUGUUGUGCAAGUUCGGCCUCACAAAUAGAUUAAAGUUCUGUUCAUACAGAUUCAUUCAGAGAUUGCAUUAUUAUAUCACACCAUUACAAGGUUUGAUAUUCUAAAAUAACUUCUCAAUGUUUUGGAAAAAUGUCAUGCAAGUUGUUCGCAUCAAAAUCGUGUUAGUUUGUAUUCUGGUGUCUGGGAACUUAUUCAUAUCCGUCUGUUCCCGUGUUUACAUGUGGUGGAUCAUAAUUCAGGUAUGUUAAAGUUUACAAAUUAGGGCUGGACAAUUAAUCUCAUUUGCAAUAUAAUCGCAAUUU